GUAAUGUCUCCACUCGGCUCCAAACCAACCGGGACCUGAGUUAAAUGGAUCCGGGGACGGGACUAUGAGAAGCUUCCCGCGCACUCUCCUUGUCUCCCUCUCUCUUUCUACUUCCUUAUUUCUCCCACUCCGUUGUAGAAUUUUUUACAUUGGACCACGCGUCCACCAACAACAUCUAUUUGCAUCCACUCCCGCCAUCGGAAGCCGCAGCAGGGGCUUUAAUGUCGGCGACGCGUCUUUGCAACCGUUCAACGCGUUCCGAUCAAAUAGUUCUAAAGUUUUGAUACUUGUACGUAGCACGCCCACCUGGCGCCUCACCACCUGGGAUUGCCUCAACCCACACACCCUACAAGGUCUCCAAUUGAAGCCGAACACCACAACCCCAACCUCGAUACGCCGCAACAGCACAGACUGGCCUUUCCAUAACGAUUUACCGUUGAUCAGCAGCCUCAGACGAGCAUUUAAGUUGACGAGGCUGACUUUCAGCCUUGCAGCUGGAUCGGCAACUGAUAUCAACGGCCCAAUCUUCCCUGCCGCCAAAAUGGUACUCUUUAAACGAAAGCCGGUGCAGUUUGUACAGGCGCCCGUCAUAGACGAUGAGAACGUAGAGGUCUGGCAUAUUGCCCAAACGGGAGAGUGCUUUACCUCUUACGAAGACUACCUGAAUCGCAUGGACUUUUAUAAUCAGCGACGCUUCAUAUGUCAAAUCAGCGGGCGAUCCGGCCUCAGCUUCUUCAAAGCGCUCGAGAGUGAGGCCGCCGGCGCCCAGGAAGUCGAACAGGCCUUCCCUGAAGCCCUAAAAGGUCCCGUCCUGCGGCGCGUCCAAUUCCAGACGAUUUCCCGAAUCGAUACGCUGGUCGACAUGAUCUACGACGAGUUCAAGGCGGAUUAUUACCCUGGUGAAGCAGUAACAAUACACCUGACAAGUGGAGAAAGAUUGACGGGCGUUGUGAGGGACAAAGCACGCCUGGGAAGCAAAGUGCUGCCAGACGGAACCCUGACACCACCGUAUUCGCGCUAUUUCACGAGCAUCGAUGGCCGACCUAACGACGAGGCCGUCGUGGACGACGAACACAUAUACCGCGACCGCAAGGUCUUUACCAAGUCCGUCCUCCGGUCCUUUAUCAAGAAGACUGUCACUCGUGAAGCAUGGAAUGGCGCGCCCUGGCUUGUUAAGCACGAUGUUGCAGCGCAAUACCACAUCGAUACCCGCGUACCGCCGCACCUGCGCUACGACAACAAGCUCCUUGAACGAAAGCAGAACCAAGCCAAUAAAAGGGCACUACACCCAAAUGGUUCGCAAGAGACAAAUGGAGUAUCCCCUAAUUCAGGUUCAUUUCAUAACUUUGGUCCAGCUCGUCUACCAGAGCUGAAGCCCGCGCCUAAGGGCCACAAGAUGGGGAAGCAACAUCAUGGCCACCCUUCCCCAGAACAGCAGACAGGUCAAACCAUCAAGGCGAGACUGGGGGUAUUUGUUGGUCAGGAGCCUGGAUAUAUCCCGGGUAACAACCCGUUCGAGUUUCCCGUCUCGUUCCGCAACAACAAUGACGGUAUGGCACCACCGCCACUUGUAGCCGUCCAGCCAGAACCUCUGCCUCCUCCACCGCCGCCAAAAUACCCCAUUGAAGAUUUGCAGCUGGAACCGCGAGACGACUAUGUCCGACCAGCCUUGAAGUUCUUGUGCAGCGACCCCCCCGAGGGUGUGGUAGAUAGUGGGGCUCGAAACGACAAGAUCUUGAUGAGGUCUAUUGGACCUCUUCUAGAGACAUGGGACACCCUAAAUGUCUACUGCGAGAUAUUCAAGCUCGACUCUUUCACUUUCGAUGACUUUGUAGAGGCCAUGGAGAUCACCAGCCAAGACAUCCCCUGUCAGUUGUUCACCGAGAUUCACUGCGCCGUUCUCAAGCAACUGGUAACCUCGGAAGCAGACGGAGGUAAACUGCAAGUCAAGCUGCCCGAGCUCGUUGAAGAGGAGGACGAAGAGGCAGAGGAAGGAGUGACGGCCGAACCAACUCCGGAGCCCACACCCGAACCAAAGCCAACAGCGCGCGCAACCCGAAGCAGUCUAGCCAAAGCCGAAGCUGCGAAGUUGCAAGCUGAGGCUGCUGCUGCGGAGAAGGAGAAGACCCCCGAGGCCACCAAAAGGCACCGAGCUGCCGAGGUUUUGGCCGACUACGACUGGAUGGAGCACUUGAAGAAGCGCGACUUCAAGGAUGGCGGAUGGGAACUAAUCAUGGUGGGCUUGCUGUACCAACUAUCCAAGAAUCCUAGGCAAAGUGAUUCUUGCGAGGAGCUGCUAACUCAGCUCGUCCCUGCCGACGUGGAACCCACCCAAGAGACUGUCCGCCAGCACUACUGUGGUCUUGAUCUGAAUCUGCGGAUACAGGCAUUGCAGAUAAUCUGCAUGUUGACGGCAGAAACGAGGGCUGUUCGUGGAUAUAUGGAAGAAUGUUCCGAGACCAUGACAGGCUACCGAAAGGAGAAGAUCGAAUGGCAAAGACAGCGAAAACAAGCUAUUGAGGAGUUGAAGGCACUGCACGACCAGCGCAAGAUACUACUGCCUGACAACAUGCCGCCCUCUCCAAAGUCUGAGGAUGCUCCCAAGAUUAAUGGGGAUGUGAAGAUGACGGAUGCCGAAGAAACCGCGGACGAGCCCAGUGAGGAGAUUGCUGAUAGUGACGAUGAGCCUCAGAGCGGGCGACGUAAUCUUCGUCGUGCUCAUGACAGAGCAGCUGAGCGUCAGAAAAAGCGUGAAAAGGAGGAGGCGCGCAAGAAGGAGGCUGAGCUGGCCGCCAAGGUGCCCAAGCAGUCCAAGCAGUUCCUCAAAGUGUUGAAGGACAUUGAGAAGAAAGAGGAGCAUAUCAAGAAAUGUGAAGCUGAGAUUGCGGUCAUUGAUAACGACCUCCGUGAAGCCGAUUGCGCGCGAACGCGAGUGCUGGGCAAGGACAGAUACUGGAACCGGUAUUACUGGUUCGAACGCAACGGUAUGCCUUACACUGGGCUGCCUGAUAGUUCGACCGCCUCAGCCGGUUACGCCAAUGGCUGUAUCUGGGUUCAGGGACCUGAUCACCUGGAAAGAGAGGGCUACAUCGAUCUGAUGCCCGAGUACCAGAACGAAUACAAGGCUAAGUUCGGUGUUACAGUCCCCCAGAGGAAGAAGAUGGAGGAAGGCCGAACGAGCGUAUUCAACGCGCAUCAGUGGGGCUAUUACUCAGAUCCGAGCGAUGUGGAAUCUUUGCUGAACUGGCUGGAUCCCCGUGGUUUCAACGAGUUGAAGCUGCGAAAGGAGCUUGUUAGCUACAAGGAGAAGAUCAUUACCAACAUGGAGCGCCGAAGGGAAUACCUCGCCGAACCAGAGGAAAGGCAAGAGAGGAAGUGCGAACCGAAAGAACCGAAACGGAUGAGCACCCGCGCCAAGAACCAACCAUCUCCCGAGCCUGCUGCCUUCAGAUGUCUCAGCUGGGUCAAUACUAUGGCGCUUGAGGAGCUGGGACAUCUGCAUAACGACGAACCUCUCCCGGCGAGGAAAGGAAAGGCCAGUCGCAAAUCCAGGGGUUGAAACUUGACUGUAUAAAUGUUUUGAGUAUACUAUCAGCCACGUUGAUAUCGAGGUCAGGCUAGGAAUGUCUGCCCUUUGCCGUGACUUAGACCCUCUGGUCUUGCAACUCUCGCGAGUCGCACACACAACCGACUCCUCGACUGGUCAUUGUGACCCGUCACCUGUAUAAAGUACACAACCCGUCAUCAUUCUCACGAUCAAGAUUCCCCGCGCCUUCACUCCCAC